CAGCUGGUGUAGGACUCUGCAACUAACCGAUUCCUUUCUUUGUAUGCUGGUUUCCUAAUUCUCUGUCGGGGGGUAAACUCCUGAGGAGCGAAUGAAGAAACAAAUUUUGCUUUUAUUCACAUUCAGAGGACUAGUCAGCAAAGGGAAAAGGGGUAAAAAAAGAAAAUGGCCAAUGUCAUAUUACGGACGGCUGAGCCAAAGGAUGUGCCCGACAUCCUGCGACUCAUAAAGGAACUUGCUAAAUUUGAAGAGAUGGAAGAGAAGGUCAUGCUCACCGAGAAAGAUCUGCUUGAAGAUGGUUUUGGCGAUCAUCCUUUCUACCACUGCUUAGUUUCCGAAGUCCCAAAAGAGCAGAGCUCAGAAGGAUACUCUGUGAUUGGAUUUGCAAUGUACUACUUCACAUAUGACCCUUGGAUUGGGAAGCUGCUUUACCUGGAAGACUUUUAUGUAAUGCAGGAGUUUCGAGGUCUUGGCAUUGGCUCUCAGAUCCUAAAGGCUCUAAGUGAGACUGCAGUAAAGACACGCUGUAGCGGUAUGCAUUUCAUCGUAGCAGAAAACAACAAGGAGUCUAUCGAGUUUUACAAGAGGAGGGGUGCAGCUGAUCUAUCCUCACGGGAGGGCUGGCGUCUCUUUGAGAUUGGAAAAGAAGGGCUGCUGAGAAUGACGAGCAAAUGAGAGUUUACUGAUCAGUAACUUCCACUGAAUUCUGGCGAAAGUGAUAAUCAGAAUCUGAUUUUGUACGGUUUAAUAUCUGCUUACCAGUUACAUUUGAUUAUAAACUGAUUAAGCAAAAUGCAUCUUGUAAAAUAAAAUCACUAAUCUAGGAAUAACAUUGUAAUAUUUAUGUACACUGCUAACAAGUAUCGUUUUCAUUGAGUACACUUAAAUGGGCUGUAAUAAAGACAUAUUUGUAAAAGGAAAGAUUAACAAAAAACGAAUCAAAAUCAUGUUUGUCCUUACAAUUCUAUUUAGAAAAACUGAAUAUGUUUAUAAUCAAUCCUAAUCUGAAAUAUUCUCACAGUUAGUGCAUUACAAUUUUUAUAUGACAUUAAUGCCAAGUUGAGUGUGAAAUGAAGUCAGUGGAUGAAACUUUACAUUGAAACUGAAUAAAAUUUUGAAUAAAUAUAGUUUAAACUAUUUUAAUGCAUAAAAUAGAUUAUGACAGAUCAUGCAAUUAGAUUUGUUAUAAUGGUGGCUGGUGAGUCUGGAGCUGUUGCACAAAGUGCUGGAGAUAAAAUUAAGUGUUAUCUGAUAACGUGUGUGUGUGUGUGUGUGUGUGUUAAUUUCUUCUAAGAAUGAGAUGCUUUUACGUCAAAUAUGUUGACAUCUCUAUAUUACUAACAAGAGUGUCAGCUUUAGCGUUGUUACUUAUUAAUUUUUCUUGUAUGUUAUUUAACUUUGAAAUAAAGUUUGGAGAACAGCUUAAAGAUACAAAAA